GGAUGUGGGAUCAGAGGCUGGUAAGGUUGGCCUUGCUGCAGCAGCUUCGGGCUGUCUAUGGCAUCAAGGUCAAGGGAGGCCGUGGGCAGUGCGAUCGCAGGAGACAGGAAACAGCAGCCCUGAAAACAGGGGGUAAAGUAUUUGGAGUACCUUUUAGUUCAUUACACCAUUCUGUUGUACCAGAAUAUGGACACAUUCCAAGCUUUCUUGUUGAUGCUUGCACAUCUUUAGAAGAACAUGUUCAUACAGAAGGACUUUUUAGGAAAUCAGGAUCCGUUAUUCGUCUAAGAGCACUAAAGAGUAAACUGGAUCAUGGGGAAAGUUGCUUGUCUUCUGCACUGCCUUGCGACAUUGCAGGGCUUCUUAAGCAGUUUUUUAGGGACUUGCCAGAGCCCAUUCUCCCAGCUGAUCUGCAGGAAGCACUUUUCAAAGCUCAGCAGCUGGGGACAGAGGAGAAGAAUGAAGCUACACUGUUGCUCUCCUGUCUCAUGGCUGACCACACAAUUGCUGUAUUAAGAUACUUCUUCAACUUUCUCAGGAAUGUUUCCCUUAGAUCCAGUGAGAAUAGGAUGGAUAGCAGCAACCUUGCAGUAAUAUUCGCACCGAACCUUCUUCAGACCAGUGAGGGACAUGAAAAGAUGUCUGCCAACACAGAGAAAAAGCUCCGACUACAGGCCGCCGUAGUACAGACUUUUAUUGACCAUGCAUCAGACAUUGGGCGUGUACCAGAUUUUAUCCUGGAAAAAAUACCAGCGAUGUUGGGUAUAGAUGGUCUGUGUGCUACCCCAUCACUAGAAGGCUUCGAAGAAAGCAAUCAUGAAUCUCCUGGUGAAUGUAAGAGAAAGCGGCGACAGAGUGUAGGCGACUUUGUCAAUGGAGCCCUAAGUAAGCUGAGAUCUAACAGAACACCCUCCUUCACACCUCAGCGAGAAAGAGCCGCCCAGGUGUCUGUAUCCCCAAUGAUUCUUACCCCAAGUGCUAAGCGUAAACUGCCGGUAGAGUCCUCGCAUGGCUUCUCAAGUAAGAAAAGGAAGUCCAGCAAGCACAGUUUCAACCUGGAGCUGUUGCCAAGCAGCCUCUUCAGUAGCGGUUCUACACCAGUAUCAGUUCACUUGGAUUCAAGUCCAGACGGGCCAUCUCAGAGUUCACUGUCUCCUAAGGCCAUCAGUGGAAACCAGAUCAGUACAGGUGUCCAAAGGAGAAGUCAGAGGAUUGCGGGCAAGAAAGUUUGCAGGGUAGAAUCAGGAAAAUCAGGCUGUUUCUCCCCUAAAAUCAGUCGUAAAGAAAAGGUUCGAAGAUCUCUACGUUUGAAAUUUAGUCUGGGGAAAAGUAACAGAGACGUAAAUGGAUGUUCAUGUUCUGGUGUCAACAGAUGUGAAAAUGUUGGUCGGCGACUUGCAAACCAACAAAGUUUAAAAAAUGGGAUUGAAUCUGUAAAAACAGGUCUGCUUUUUAGCCCAGAAAUUGAUGAAAGAUUAACAAAGAAAGGUUCGAAAAAGAUCAGUAAGUCUGAGGAAAACUUGCUAACUCCAGAACGACUGGGUGGAACAAACUAUCGAAUGUCUUGGACAGGACCUAGUAAUUCAACUUUUCAAGAAGUAGAUGCAAAUGAAACAUCUCUGAUGGUGGGAAAUCUCGAGGUGGUAAACUCAUCUUUGGAGCCUGAUCUAGCGGCUGAAAAGUCAUCUGUGACUUCAUAUGAACUCACCCCUUCCAGUGUGCACAAUAAGUAUAAAGGCAGUGUAAUUGGAAACACCCUUAGUGGGGAUGAAAGUAACUUGACCACAGAGACCUUAGUGAAAAUUCAGAAAGCGUUUUCUGAAUCCGGAAGUAAUCUUCAUGAGUUGAUAAAUCACAGGCAAUUAUCAAUAACUAACGUGGGGAAAGUAGAAUUAAAUGAAACGUCUUAUGUAGAAUAUAGCCCAGAGAAAAAUCUAUUUGAAACUCAUGAUUUGACUGUGGUAGAAUCAGAGGAAAAGUACGAACACCACACUAGUAAAGAGGAAAACAGUUUUUCAGAGAGAGGCUUCUCACUAUAUCAAAUGCAAAACUUGGGCAAAGAAGCAACUCUAAAAUGUCAUGCAACUCAGAUGAAGAUGGAGCAUGAAAAAGGUGUUUGUUCAGACACACCAAAAGAUUAUUCCAGCAAGCACGAACUCCCCAGGGAUAAACAACUAAAGAAACAGGAGUCCCCAAGAGAUCAACUAAAUCCUAAAGGAAAGGAGGAUGAGAGACCGAUCGAAGAAAACUUAGUAAAACGUGCAGCUGCUGGGGCGGGUGUGACUAAAUCGUCUUCCUCAGAGCACGUCCCAUGCCGUGUGACAAACGUACCAAAGCCUCAGCCUGUGAGGAUUGUUAAACAGCAUUCGCUGGUGAGAACACGCUAUGAAACGGUGUCACAGAGUGUCCAGGUGACAGAGCAUGGCAAGGUUUCAGACCACAUACAGUGGUUUAAUCAACUCUCUUUAAAUGAACCGAAUAGAACCAACGUGAAGUCACCUCUCAAGUUUCAGCGUACCCCUGUUCGUCAGUCUGUCAGACGAAUCAAUUCUUUGUUGGAGUAUCACAGACAAGCUGUAAACCACAAGUCGGCGAGUCAUGGGGAUGCUGCGUCUCCUCUGGUUAAAGCAGUGAGCUGUGACAGUGCUCUUUCUUGGGUAGAAAAUGCGUCCUCUAUCCCAUGUAACAAAUCAGGUGUUAAAGAACAGAAAUCUAUGUCGCACGAACAGCCAAAUGUUGAUGCAGUUUCAAAAUCAAGUAUGGAGUUAACUUCUAAAUCUUCCUCAAAGACGAAGAGGCACCGAGACCUGGUGAAUGCUUCUCUUGGGUCUACUAGGAUUUGUAAACAGGAAGUGGUAUCUCACGACCUAAUUAAGGUUCCUUUGGAUGACGUUACUAAUUAUGAUAUACUAAAAUCUGUUGUAAAUAACAAUACAGCCUUUUCUCCUGGGGUAGAUAACAGAGGCCUUAGGAAACCAUCAGAAAGAGAAAGGGCUUGGUAUAAAGGUUCUCCAAAAGCUCCUAUUGGAAAAACUCAGCUCCUAUCAACCAGUAAACCUGUAGACUUGUAAGUGGUAAAUGGUAUUCUUGUUGUUAAUGUAAAGAAAAUUAGCAAUCAGAGAUAGGACUUGCAGAAAUAAUCCACACGUUACUUUGUAGCUCAGGAUGAUUAUUACAUCAUAGUUUUUUCUCUGAAACAUUUUUAUUUCACUGUACAAGCAACUUGGAUUUUAUACUUGUAUAAAUGAUGACUUGGUUUUUCUUAAUUACGGCAGUAUUUAAACUACUUUUAAUUUUAUUGUGAUCUCUUAAAGCAGAGAUACAUGUUAGCUUUUUAAAGAAAUUGUUGGCUGAAUGUUUAAGUAAUUGACAUUUGAAAUGUGCUUGAAUUUUAUUUCUGUGUGUGAUAGAAUGAGUGGAGGGAGCUGUGCCCAUUUGCUGUGAUUCCUCCUGUGUCAGAUCAGGUUUCCACAGACAUACCCAGAC